UGGAGUGAAAGGCAGGAGGUUCUUGUUGAUAAAAUACAAAGCUCACUCAUCCCUUCAAUCGAUCCUCCGGAAGAGAUGAGCGCCUGGCUCACUGUCCCACCACCGUCGCCAGCAGCGAGACCGCGACUCCUUUGCAACUCAAGACUCAGUUGCAUCAGUUGGCUCGACCGGACUUUGGUCGGCGCUUUUUCCGGCGUUCUCUCCUUUGGACUCCUGGUCUCCUUGCCUUCCGCCAUUGCACUUGAAACUCCUUCCCUUCAAACUCCGAUUUCUCUUCCUCUUACUCCUUCUGAAAUUUGCCGCGAAGUUGAGCCGGAAGACUGGGCUGAUACGGGCCCGGAGGUUGUGACUAAUGAGGGAAUUGUUGAGGAAGCUUGGAAGAUUGUCAAUGAUACUUUUCUUGAUGCUGGUGGCCGUCGCUGGUCGCAGGAGAGUUGGCAGCAAAAGAGGAAAGAUAUCUUGAGCAAUUCCAUUCAGACGAGAUCAAAAGCUCAUCAGAUAAUCAAGAGAAUGCUGGCCAGUUUGGGUGAUCCUUAUACACGGUUUCUUUCCCCUGAGGAGUUCUUGAAGAUGGCGAGGUAUGACAUGACUGGUAUUGGAAUAAACCUUAGGGAAGUUCCAGAUGAAAAUGAAAUUAUCAGAAUGAAGGUGCUAGGAAUUAUACUGGAUGGCCCUGCUCAUUCUGCUGGUGUGAGACAGGGGGAUGAAAUCUUAGCUGUCAAUGGUGUUGAGGUUCAGGGGAAAUCAGCAUUUGAAGUUUCAUCGUUGUUGCAAGGCCCUAAUGAAACAUUUGUGACUAUUCAGGUCAAGCAUGGCAACUGUGGGCCUGUUGAAUCGAUAGAAGUACAGCGGCAACUUGUUGCUAGAACACCAGUCUUUUAUAGGCUGGAACAAGCAGAUAGUGAUGCUACCCCUGCUGGAUACAUACGCCUUAAAGAGUUCAAUGCAUUAGCCAGGAAAGAUUUAGUCAUUGCAAUGAAGAGACUACAAGAUAUGGGUGCUUCAUAUUUCAUUUUGGAUCUUAGAGAUAAUCUUGGAGGACUAGUACAGGCUGGGAUUGAAAUUGCCAAGCUCUUCCUUGGAGAAGGGGACACGGUCAUCUACACUGUUGGUAGAGAUUCCCAGUUCCAAAAGGCUAUUGUUGCUGACGCUUCACCGUUGGUUAAGGCUCCUGUUAUUGUUUUAGUGAAUGAUAAAACUGCCAGUGCAAGUGAAAUAGUUGCUUCUGCAUUACAUGAUAAUUGUAGAGCUGUUCUUGUGGGACAACGCACAUAUGGCAAGGGUUUGAUCCAGUCAGUAUUUGAACUGCAUGAUGGAUCCGGUGUGGUUGUCACAGUUGGCAAGUAUGUAACACCAAAUCACGAGGACAUAAAUGGCAAUGGAAUAGAGCCUGAUUUCCAGAAACUUCCAGCUUUGGAUGAUGUCAGCAAACGGCUUUUGAACUGCACGAUGCCUUAGCAAGGAUGAAAUAGUUCAUAUGAUAUAUGGAGCGGCCUGCCCAACUGGCACUUCGCAAAUUGUUCGCCUAAUGCCCAAAAUGAGUGGACAAGGGAACGCUUCGGAAUAAUGGCAUCAAGAAGAUCAAACUGGAUAGUUGGUGAAAAGAAGGGUGUACAGGAACCAUAUAGGGGAUUUGAAACGCAGAACAGAUGCAGCUAGUGAUUAUGACUUCACACAGGAAACGUUAUGACAAUUUUUUAACCUUUCAAAACUUGGGAUCUUCUGUUCAUUUUGUAAAAUCUCAUAUUUUUUCCCCCUUUGUUAGAGUGUCUCAUAGCCCUGUUUUCAUUGUUUGAGGGCAUACAAAGGAGGAAAACCCCACUUCCUUAUCAAGAGAAUAAUUAAUGAAAUGCAAAUUUUACAGAGUUUA